AUGCAAACUGCAAAAGUAGCAGCAGCAGCAACAGAAACGGCAGCAGCAGAAACAACAGCAGCAACAGCAACAGGAACACUAACAAUACCAGCAGCAGGAGCAGCAGCAGCAGCAGCAGCAGCAGCAGCAGCAGCAAAUGCUGAUGAGCAGCAGCAGGUUCCUCAGGAGCUGCGGGAGCAGCAGCAGCAGCCUGCUGCACUGCAUCUACUCCUUUGCUGCAGCGUAUACACAGCAGCAGCAGCAGCAGCAGCAGCACCAGCACAAGCAGCAGCAGCAGCAGUAGCAGCAGCAGCAGCAGCAGCAGCAGCACAAGCAGCAGCAGCAGCAGUAGCAGCAGCAGCAGCAGCAGCAGCAGCAGGAGAAACGCAUGGAUGCAAACUGCAAAAGUAG